AUGAGUGUCGGAGCAAUGUCUGAUGCUUCCAGUUCAUACUAGAAGAUAGAAGUGGAUAAGAUAUACCUAGACUUGAAUGACAUUGAUAAACUGAAUGCAAGAAUUAAGAAGCAACUCCAAAAAUAUAGUGUUUUGGAAGACCAAGAGAGAAAAGAAACCAGAUCAAACUUGUAAAAGAAUCUAAAACUCUCCUCUGAUCUCUAGAAAAGAGUGCUAGCGGUUCAAGAUGAGAAUUCUAAAAUGAAAUUUGAGAAUAUACUGCAGAAAAAAGUAAAAGAACUUGAAGUGCUGAGUUCAUCUUUGGUGUAUAAAGAGCAAGAACUGCUAGUAAAGUAUAAAGAUCAAUUAGAGGAGAAUGACCUAGAGGAGAAUACACACCACUAUGAAAAGAAAGGACUGUUAGAUGCUGGUAGUGAUGAAGAUGAUGCUGAUGAUGAUUUCUGCGAUUUUCAAAGUUCAGAGCCUGCAAUGAAAGGGGAUAAUAAAUAUUCAAAGAUAAGCACCAAUUCAGCCAGCUUUAAUUACAAUGAAAGUGAUGUUACCCAGUUAGAUAAUGAAGAAUCCAGUAAUCUAUUCUAGCAUUAAUAGAAAUAAAAGCAGAAACUGAAGAAAGAAGAUGAAGUUGAAGAGUUUCAAUUACAGUCACAUGACUAGUUUUUGAAGCAGAGAACUGAAAAAAUAAUGAAAGUUUCAAACUCUCUUCACUAAAUCAAUAGAAUGUAUAACUAACUUAAUGAGAUUGUAGUUGAAUAAGGGGAGACAUUAACUAGAAUUGAAGACAAUUUUGUGUAAAGCAAAGUAAACACUAAGAAAACAGUCAAGGAAUUAUAGAAAACUCUUAGUAAAGAGAAGACACUUAAAGAUAAAAUCAUGUCUUGUGAUCUUCAAGUUAUGUGUCUAAGUAUAUGGUUCAUUGUAGCGUGCACAUUUUUCUUUAUAGAUUUGUCAAUUGCAUCUCCGAAAGUAGAGUGA